AUGAAGAGCACCAAUAAGGAGACAAGGAAGCCCACUCCAAAGAAGAGGAAGAGCACCAAGAAGGCUUCAACCGAAGCCGCCUCUACUGAAACCCUGGCAUCCCCCACACAUGCUGCUCCUAUUCCAGUUAGUCCAUCUGCUGAGGAAACCCCAAUUCCUCAAAAGCCAAUCCCACAAGGAGAAAACCCUCAAAAGCCAGCCAAAGAGGCUGCUCAAACAAAAGAAAAGACCCCCAAGCCUGCAAAGUGCUCUAGGAAGUCGUCCAAAGGGCAUUCAUCAUCUCAUGUGGAGCAGCCACCAAUGCAACCUACUGCUCCUCUUUCUCCUUCCAUGACCCCUGAAGAGUUGCAACAAGAGGUUGAACAGAGAUUGGAAGAAAUCGCACGGAGGGUAACCUGA